CACCGUGCGUUCACAUCCGGUUCGGAGCUUCGGCGUUUACAUGAGGCGUUAGCAUGUUAACGGACAGAUAACGACACCGAACCAUCCGCGGUACCGACACCGAACCCGACACACACACACAGACAGACAGACACGGCCGGAAGUUGAGAUUUAAACAGGAAACGGAACAAUGUCUUCACCUGAUGAAGCUAAUGCUAAUGCUAACGUGGAGGAGAAGAUUCUGCAGUAUGAAAAGUUCAUCAGUGACGUCAUGAGGAGAGACCUGCAGAGACUUUUGGAGCAGAGAGAUUCAGUUUAUGAGAAGAUCUCUCAGUACCUGCAGCUGAAGAACACCAUCCAGAGUCUGCAGGACUCUGGCUCUCAGCAGCUGAAGACAGACGUUGAUCUCGGCUGUAACUUCUACGUCCAGGCUGAAGUCGAGGACUCGUCCAGGAUCUUUGUUGCCGUCGGUUACGGCUUCUUUGUGGAGAUGACGCAUGAGGAAGCUCUGCGAUUCAUCGACAAGAAGACCAAUCAGCUCACAGCCUUCACAGAUCAGCUGACCAAAGACUCGUCCAAGAUCAAAGCCAACAUCCGCAUGGUGCUGGAGGGUCUGCGGGAGCUGCAGGGACUGUCAGACCUCCCAGAGAGCAGAAGAAGAGAAGUUUACUAGACGUGAUGGACGAGGCGAGGACGAGACGUCACUGACCUCCGGAGAUCGUCCAGUCCUUGAACUCGUCGUUCAGUCCUUGAACUCGUCGUUCAGUCCUUGAACUCGUCGUUCAGUCCUUGAACUCGUCGUUCAGUCCUUGAACUCGUCGUUCAGUCCUUGAACUCGUCGUUCAGUCCUUGAACCCGUCGUUCAGUCCUUGAACUCGUCGUUCAGUCCUUGAACUCGUCGUUCAGUCCUUGAACUCGUCGUUCAGUCCUUGAACUCGUCGUUCAGUCCUUGAACUCGUCGUUCAGUCCUUGAACUCGUCGUUCAGUCCUUGAACCCGUCGUUCAGUCCUUGAACCCGCCGUUCAGUCCUUGAACCCGCCGUUCAGUCCUUGAACUCGUCGUUCAGUCCUUGAACCCGCCGUUCAGUCCUUGAACCCGUCGUUCAGUCCUUGAACCCGUCGUUCAGUCCUUGAACCCGUCGUGCAGUCCUUGAACCCGUCGUCAUAAAUCAGAGAAACAGACUCUUCACGAUUUAAACUUUUCUUCAGUUUCAAAAUAAAACACAGUUUCAAAAUAAAACAUGUGAGUCUGAACAUCACGAGAACAGUGCUAACAGGAAGUGCUAAUCUGACUCACCUGUGAACGUCUGGGUCUAUCUGUGUUCUGAUUGGUUCAUAAAAUGUGUUUGUGUUAGCUUAGCUUAGCACAGAGACUGGAAGCAGGGGGAAACUGUUAGCCUAGCUUAGCAAGUGUCUGACUUCACUGAAAGGAAGUGUCUGUAACCCUUCAAAAUAAAGUCACAGGAAGUGACUGACUGUUCUC